AUGGCUCCCGGCAUCUUCAGUGCAACUCGUUCCGUGCACAUGAUUGUGCGCCAGUUGUUCAUCCGUUUGGUCUUUUCUCUCCAGUUCGAGUCCUCCCUUUCCAUGGAGAUAAUCUCCUUCUGGAUGUGGCUUGAAGGGAUCGGCCAUGCUGACUUCCUUGCAAGCAUCGACGCCCUCGAUAACCAUGAUCUCCGAUCCAUUGCUUUGGCUGCAAAAAUGCUUAUUGAAACUCUGCGUCGUAACUCCGGUCACCAGCCAAAUCAUAGAUCUGUGCAAGGAGGCUAUUUCUGCAUAGAAGCUUUGAAAGGUAUUGUUUUGUACCUCAACAAUGUUUGCUGCAAGGUCUUAGAAGAUAUUCUGCAAGUAGCGACGGCAAAGGAACGCAUCUGCCACCGUGCCCAUCAAGCUCAGCCGCAACAAAACGUGAUGGCAAGAGCUCCCAUGAGCACGAGGGAUCUCUUGUCCAGGAUCAAGGCUUCCUAUAUUAGCGCUCGGAGCCAUGAAGCAGAAGGCUCAAGUUCAAGAAGCAUUAUGCCGUCUCCGCCAAAAACUCACACCCUCAAAGACAUAGAAAACCCAAUCGAACAGUGCCUGUCAUCAUACCCUUUGGCUACCCUUUUCAAAUCCCUGACCAUAACGGAGGAGGAGGAGGAGGAGCCAGCUGCUGAUAUCCAGAUACAGCAACCCCCCAGCGUACCACGUGAUGAGAGAACACUCUUCGUGACUUUCUCCAAUGGCUACCCAUUUACUGCAGAUGAACUGUAUGAGUUCUUCACAAGGAACUUUGGAGAUGAUGUUGAAGUCAUAAGCGUCCAGGAGCCAGUUGCACCUAAGCCACCACUUUAUGCACACAUCACGUUCUACAAUCAAGAAACUCUGUUCCACAUCCUUGCUGGUCGCCCGAGGGUCAAGUUUGUGAUAAGGGGGAAACACCUAUGGGCUCGGAAGUUCGUUCCAAAGAGGAAGAAAGCUCAGAACUUCUGAGCUAAUCUCACAUGCCUGGAUG